AUGUUUGUAUGGUUGGUUGCUCUUGUAACCUCGGCUGCGAUCUUGUUUAUAUGCCGUCCAAAUGGCCAAAAACGGAUGCGCGUAGAAUCCCAUCCAUCAUCCAUCAGAUUCAGUCCUAUCAAUCCACUCGACUAUUCCAUUAAAACUACCAAAACCUCAAAAGUUGAAGGAAAUAAAAGUCGGAAAUCAGCAAAGGUAAGGUGAUAUAAGAAAAACAAACUUUCGUUCAGAGUGAAAAAAAACAAACUACUUGCACCACUCGGGAGGAUGAGACAAAUUCCGAAGCCAAUGUUUCGUUGGUAAGGCAAUUAUCCCAGUUAUAUGGUGUUUCAGACCCAACCCAAGCCUUUGGAAGACGAAGUGACCUCUCUUGAACCAUUUCAACCUCCUCCGGCGUCUAAAGUAGCUAACAGAGACGUCAGCGACAAAGUAGCCAACUCGAAGGACCCUCAAUACGCUACUCUCGUCAACAUUGGCCAGGAUUGGGACAGUCGGAUCGACAAGUUUGAUGAGUUUUAUGAUCAAGUCCAUCGAACCCAAAGCUCAAGUGGAAGUUGCGAAUUGAAACUGAAGACUUGCCGAGAAGACUCGUUCCAUAAUAUUCAAGAAGUCAAGAACCCGUUACAGUCACAGUGA